AGAGACGCAAGGUUCCCAUUGAUUUUACCCUUCUCAGUUGUUCUCAUAGGAGAAAUUACUACCAAAAACUUUAACAAAAACGAAAAAGCCAAGGAUGAUGAAAAACCAAAACAUCGUUUUACCCACUUCAAAGGCACCGUAAUUACGCAAAAAAAUCAAGCACAAAUUAGCUAUACCUUUUCAGUACUAAAAGAAAGCAAGGGAAGUGAAAAAGUAGCAAUUAGAACUUUAUUAGUUGGCGGAUUCAAUCUAAUUAUUAGAAAUAGUUCGAAUAAUAAAAAACCAACCAAAGAAGAAAACAAAAAACCAAACUCCCCCGAUACUCCCGACAACCCUCCUAAAGUAUCAGUAGUGGCAGAUGGAGGAGAUAUUCGCGACAAAAAUCUUCAUGGAGCCAGCAUAAUCGUUAAUGCUGCUAAUACCCAAGUCAAAUUUGGUAGUGGAAUUUCCGGAGCCAUUGCUGAGCAAGUCGGAGAUAAAGCCAAAAUUGAAGCCAAGGCUCGACUAAAAAAAGAAAAUAAUCCCUCUUCUGAGGAGAUCAAAAAAGCCUACCGUAAUAAAGAAGCCGAAGAAAAGUUUAAAGAAAUCCAAAACGCUUAUGAAGUUUUGAGUGAUGAAGAGUUAAAAAAGAAAUAUGACCAAGACCCCAAAGGUUUUUCAACUAACGGGGAAACCACAAAGGCAUUAUUUAUUCUUAACGGAGUUGUCCCCGAGGAUGAUUUAGAUCCCUCUUUCGAGCAAUUAGAUAAGGCUGUCUCCGAGGUGAAGAAAAGCUCUUUGGAUGGCGGACCAACUUUCGACGAGUUAAAACAAAAAUGCGAAAAGUUUAAAAAGGAGUUAUUUGCCGCUAUCGACAAGAUAGUAGCAGAAAGACGAGCCAAAAAUAAAAGUAAAAUGGAGGAUAGUGAGCCAAUAAGAGAUGCCAAACUUCGCCAAGCUGCUUACCAAGAGAUAACCAGUGCCUAUAAGGGAAACAAUUCUUUUAUUAACCCAAAAGGCGAGAGAUUUUACCCAGACAGUGACUUGGAUCAUAAACUAUGA